AUGCCGUUGCUUGAUAAGUUGAUCAUUCAGAGUCGCUCGCGGGCGCGGACGAGUGAGAAGAAAGAUGAUACGUUAAGGGCGAAUUGGAAAUGCAUGCUGGCGUGCAUUUUGGUCUCGACGUGUCCGUUUCAAUAUGGACUCGAUUUUGGGAUGAUCAGUGGUCUUCAGGCCAUGCCAGGCUUCCUCAAAAUCUACGGCUAUCAAGAUCCGCACUCCCCCUCAGGCUGGAACCUCUCCACGACCCGCCAACAACUCAUCUCGUCCCUCAUGAUCCUCGGCGCCGUCAUCGCCUCCGGCCUCUCAGGCCCCAUAGCCUGGAAACUCGGCCGCAAGCCUUGCCUCUGGGUCGCCUGCGUGCUCUGCUGGGCCGCCAACAUUAUCAUGAUGGUCGACACCUCCAUCGGCGGUCUCUACGCGGGCCGCUUCAUCAUUGGCCUCGCGAAUGGGCUGUUCAUGUCGUUCUCGCAGCUGUAUCUGCAGGAGGUCACGCCGGCGAAGUUCAGGGGCAUGGCGCUCGCGGCGUUUAGUCUUUGGACUGCGGUGGGCCAGCUGGUGGGCACGAUUGUGGAUAAUUAUACGGCGAAGUUGGAGGGGAGAGAGAGUUCUUUGAUUCCAUUGGGGUUGAUUUAUAUUGCGCCGGUUUUCAUUGCCGUGGGGUUGUUUUUGGUGCCGGAGAGUCCUAGGUGGUUGAUGGAACAUGGCAAGACCGACAAGGCCAGCAAGGCACUCUACUGGCUUCGACCGAACAAAGAUGCUGUCGAGCCUGAACUCCAAUCAAUCCAAGCAGCGAUCGACGAAGACAAACAGCAUCAAGGCAAAGCACUCUGGAUAGAAAUGUGGCGCAAUCCCAUCGAUCGCCGUCGAACAAUCUUGACCAUCGCUGCCGUCAACACGCAAGUUGCUUCAGGGGCGAUGUACAUGAUCGCUUACGGAACGUACUUCUUCGAAAUGGCCGGCGUCGGCGAACCCUUCGAGAACAGCAUCAUCCUCGUCGCCCUCGGCGUGCUCGCCAUGCUCGUCAACACCUGCAUCAUCACGCGCUGGGGAAGAUGCCGAGUCUUCCUGACCACCGGCCUCAUCCUCUGCGGCAUCGUCCAAUUGACCAAGGCAGCCAUUUACGACGCCAAACCUACAGAGAAGGCUGUGCUCAAGGGAGUCGUCGCCCUCUCGAUCAUCUAUGUCAUCAGCUUCAACGGUCUGAUCUCGUCGUACGCGUUUCUGGCGGGUGGUGAGCUGCCGAGUCAGAGGAUGAGGUCUUAUACUUUUGGUUGUGCGAUUGGGGUUUCGUUUUUAGGGGCUUGGCUUACGACGUUCACUGCACCAUACUUCAUCAACCCGUCCUCCCUCGACUGGGGCCCGAGGUAUGGGUACAUCUGGGCUCCGUCAUGUUUCGUCGCCGCGGCGUGGGUGUUUUGGUUUUUGCCGGAGGCCAAGGGAAGGACACUUGAAGAAAUCGACGAGAUGUUCGCAGCCCGUCUCCCGGCUCGAAAAUUCAGAAGAUAUCAAUGUCAGGGCCCCGUCGCCACCGCCACUGCCGUGGAAGACGACGACUCCGGUGAAGGAGUGCACACCAUCAACCGUAAAGGAGGUCCAAAGGUCGCUGAGUCGGCUGUCAAGCCGGUGUGA